AAUAACGUAAUAGCUUUAUUCAAUGUUGCUAAUCAAAACAAAAUGGUGGGAAAAGCAAGUGCUACCUAACUCAUAUUGUCUCUUUUUAUACUAAAAGGAAUUUUGAUUUACUGUAACCACAAUGGGUAAAAAGAAAGGAAAGAAAGGGGGAGGAGGGAAAAAAGGGAAGAAAGGAGGAAAAAAGAGCAAGGAACCUCAGAUGACAGCUAAAGAGGCAAUAUUAGGAUACCAAAUAGGAAUAAUUGAAAAGAAACUUGAAGAUGUAAUGUAUGAAAGCAGAGGAUGGGAGGAGAAAAACAAAAAGCUCUCAGAUCGGAAUGCAAACCUCCUUGAAGAGCAAGAAGUUUUGAUAAAACAUUUAUUAGAACAAGCCAAGAAGGCCGACCAGUAUUUUGCUGACGAGGAAAUAAAGCGCAGAGAGGAUGUCAUCAUGUGUAUGAAGGAUAAAUGGGAUCGUCAGAGAGAUUUGGAGAAAGAGAUUGAAGGAAUAAAGAAGAAGAUCACUGAUGUAGAGGAGGAGAUUAAAUCCGUCCAGAAAGACGUGGAUUACUGCAAGGAAUACCGCGACGUGGAACAACACAAAAACAAGAAACGGAUCAAUCUACUGGAGGCGGACAUUGAGGACAUGGAGGCAAGCUUCCAGGAAAUGAAAACUCAUUUAGAGAAAUCUAAUGAAAGAUCAAAGAAUGAGAUCACAUCACGAACAGAAAGCAUGCUAGAUAAACAGAAAGAUCUUGCCACACAGAAAGCCAUAUCAAAACUUGACAAAUACAGUCAACGAGAAGUAUUGGAUAAUGAAUGGCUGACAAGGGAGGUAAACAUACACAGACAGGACACCUCUGUUCUUAGGGAAAAAGUGGAGGAUCUGGAGAAAGGGAAUCUAGAAAUCAUGGCUGACUUAUUUGAAUGUAAAAUAGAGGAUUUAAAGAUCUCAAGGAAAUUCUUUUUAACUCAUGCCACACAGAAUGAGAAUUUGGAAGAGACAGGGGUUUUGGAGAUGGACCUUGCAAAUCUGUCAAUCAAUAAUGGGCCCGCCUCCAAACAGAUGGAACUGUAUGACAGCGGGGAUGGAGAUGGGGCUGUCUAUAAACCUGUUGUGAGACCCAAAAGUGCCACACAGAGGGCAGAAAAUGAAGAUGGAAAGGGAGGGAAUGGUAUAAAGAUCUUAAAGGAAGUAUUUAUAGGACAGCAGAGGAAAGGAGAAGGGGAUUGGACGGAGGAGUUGAGUGAUGAUACAGAACUACUGGACAACAUGUAUUUUGAAGAGGAGGAUUGGAAUGAUUAUUUGAAACUUGGUAAACUGGAGCUAAAACUCCUCAACGUAACUGGUCAGCAGAUGCCAAUCCAUGUUCCUUUUCAACCGACAGAGGCUGAAAUUAAGGCCAAGCAAUGUAACCCUGACACCUGGCCUGUGACUCAACCCAUGCUGAAACAGGCCACAGAAUCCUGAGCCAUUCUAGAAUGUUCUUUAAAAUACCUAGAACAUUCUGUAUGCAAUGCUAGAGGCCUCAGCUAGCAUGUACAGUUAACAUCUGCAUUUAUUAACUUUUGUGAUGUGGAUAUCCUGACAAGGAACAAUCGGGAUAGCAAUGAUUUUUGCAUCAUGUGUAUUUUAAUUAACUUCAAGCAUUUCUAUUGGAUAAAAAUCCAAAAUCUUCUUGAUGAAGAAAAAAUUCAUACCGAUCUUUUGCAGAUAUUUUGUAAAAUGUACACAAAUGUUUGUUUUUGAAAGCAUAAUCAAUAUAAACCACAUCCUUUUUGUGCAUUGUGAAAAUAACACUGUUACAUUCAAUAUACUUUGUUAAAUAAACAGGA